CACGUGUUGAGUGGAGUGUUUACGCGGACCGAGGCGUCCGGUCGUUCGGCCGUGCAUCAGCGGGCGACGGGCGUGAUCGACAGAUACGCUCGUCGUGAUUCAUGCGACCGGAGAACACGUCACGUGUUCAACGAUGCGCGCAUAGUGCUGACCGAGCGUUCGUUCGUCGGGCUUGGCGCUAUUCGCGGCAAGCAUGGCGGGCGCAGCGGACGAGCCCAUCGCCAGGUGCACCUACGGCUGUCAAGACAACACCUGCAGUGGCAGCCUCGCGGACCGCCGCGACGGUGCCGCGAAUCCCUCCGUACAGAGCUACCGGCCGCAUGGCAGCCUCGCCAGGGUGUUGUACGACAAGCGGAAAGCCGACGAGUGGCUGGCGGCCUACGACAAGCGCAGGUGGUACAAAGUUGACAAGAGAAAGAUCCGAGAAGACUUGCUCGACCUGUGGAUCCCGCUCGGUACCGGUCCCAACGCCGAUCAGCCCGACAAAGCCGCCGAAAUUUUCCUCGUGAGAUCCGCGGAGAGAUCCGACUCGUUGCCCCUGCAGGCUUGGCACUCGUUAGCCCGCUCAGCGUUAUCCUGGUUCAUCAGUCGAACAUCCAUAAACGGACUGCUGGGCCGCGGUUCCAUGCACGUGUUCUCCAGCGAGCAAUUCCAAAAGCUAAUGGACGCGAGCGGCUUUACCGGUCCUUGGCAUUCCUUAGUGGACCUCGGGGCAGGCGACGGUGCAACUACCGCCCACGUGGCGCAUCUCUUCGAGAAAGUGUACGCCACGGAUAUCUCACCCCCCAUGCGAUGGGCUCUAGCAAGGAGAAAGUUUACGGUGCUCGAUGUGGAGAGGUGGCAUCAGGAAGCCGGGCCCUUCAACGUCAUCCUCUGUUUGAACUUGUUGGACCGCUGCGACCGGCCGAAUACCUUGCUGAACCUGCUAAGGACCUCGUUAGCUCCCGGCGGUAGACUGGUGGUCGCCCUGGUGUUGCCGUUCAGCCCCUAUGUUGAGGUCGGCGAGAGGGGAAACCACAAGCCCUCGGAAUACUUACCGGUGCGGGGGAACGGGCUUGAAGCGCAGAUAAUCGGACUCAUCGACCGGGUCUUCGCUCCUGCGGGUUUACGGUGCCUCGCCUGGAGCAAAUUGCCGUAUCUCUGCGAAGGCGAUCUGGGCCAGGCGUAUUACUUCCUGGACGACGUGAUCUUCGUAUUGGAGGCACAACCGGUGACUGUGCGACCCUACGAAUUCGCCGCGGUGGACGACGGUGUUUCGUUAGGGAGGAACUUUUGAGAGGAUGCGCUGCAAGAACAAACGCUGGGAAAUACUUGAAAAGAGAAUAAUAAAAGGAAAGUGAGAGUAGAAGAGAAAGGGGGAAGAGAUAAAGGGCGAAGUGAUACGACGAGUCUCUCACACUUGUAAAAACUUUAAUAAUUGCUGUCAUGAGUUAGAAUUAUGCGAGAAUACAGAAGAGCAAUACUGACAAGCGACGACGAGCUUAAAAUGUGCAGACACAGCGGUUAGCGUUUGGUGUACGAAUAUCAUUAAGCGAUCCGUGUUAAAAAGGAAAUCCGGAUCGACGACGGUGCGCAUUUUACAUCGUUUAUCAUUCUUACGGUCGAAUUCGGUGCGGAAACGUGUACACGGUUUAUGGUAUAGAUAUGGCGCGAGAGAGUAUCAUGAGAUCCGGAAACGAAAUCUGUAAUUUUUCCUCCUUUUCCGCCUUCGUCAUCCGUGUGCUCGACUGCGUUCGAGAGAGUACACAUAUCUCCUUAGGAUCUCCUCUCGCCAAUUAUUUCAAUCGAUUCAGUUAUUUUAAUUUAUCUCAGUUAAUCGUCGACACAGGAAGCGAACGUAGCACAAACGGUGGACUCGGAAGAAGAAUGCCAGAGUGAGACGAUGGUAACGUUAGUCGCAGCAACUGUUGCACCGAAGUCCGCCUUUAUUUCGCGAAGAGCACAAGUCUUUAAAAUGAAUUGAAGAAAGAAGGAUGUCAUGCGAAAAAGCCUGUUUUUGCUGUGCUCGGGGAAAAUAAAGUAGACAUCGUUUUUUAUAGCUUUCGAGGCGAGGAAUCGGACGGUGCUGGUUAGAAUUAUGUCACAUGCUAUAUUUAAUAACGUAAAUAUCAGACGUAACAGCAAGUUCUUGCGUAGAAAAAGUUUUAGAUUCAAGUGAAUUAAUCUUCCACACUUCUUAGCAAAUUUUUAUCUAGAUUAAAUAAAUUUUACUUAAAUCAAUUACUUCCGUUAUAUCAUUCAGUAUAUAUCAUCAAUACAUAUAGCGUACGGACCUGUCUUUCGAAUGUUCAAAAAACACCAACUAACAACAUUACAUCAAUAUUACAAUUUCUCGCUCAGCAAUGUAAUUGUUACAUACACCACGUGUUACGUUACACUUACAUGAAUUGGGAAUUAUAAUAUUGAUGUAAUGUUAUUAUGUUAGUCCCGUACAGAAAAAAUUACAAAAAUGUGAAAAAUUAUUGAUAUACUAUGUAAAAACCAAUAGUUCUUACUGGCUGACUGCGAUACCAUGUGUUUUUCUAAUGUAAACUCAAUCUUUUCUGUACCCCCGUCAUAUGAGGUAAUUUUAAUCAGCAUCGUCGGUUUUCUCGUCUCAAAAAAUUCUAAGAGAUGAUGUCUGCUUUGCUUUUCCGAACAAAAACGAGCCUUUUCGUCUUGCUUUAAUUCAAUAUUCUAUGGUCUACCGAUGAUGCAUGCAACUACGGCUGCGAUAGAACGCAUCAUAGCGAAGUGUACGGAAUAUAAGAAAAUCAAAGUAACAACGCAAAGUAUCCGCGAGGUGCUGCGACUUUCGCUUUGGGAACACCAACGCAUAGGCUCUUUUUCUCGUCGAGUUGCUCCCUGACCAAUUGCACAAACGUUCUCGGCGAACGGAGAAUAAGCUCAACGCGUCGUUGUGUUCUCGAACGCAGCCUCCGAAGUUUCGCGUGUUUCGAGAGAUUCUAUUUUGUACGUCGGACCAAUCUACUCUCCUCACAAUUAGUCAGACUCUGUUUCCGCGCUCCCUUUCGCCUCUCUUUGGCAUAAUUGCGGUGACUUAGUCGUGGAUAUGCUUAAUUGCGUCGUCGGCCGACCGGUGCCGACCAACGACGAGAGACAAACGACGGUACGUUUGCGUUUCUUUACACCCUUUUCUUUCUUUCUUCCUUUUCUUUACAUAAUAACUACUAUAAGAAAUAAGUCCAUCUAGUUAUUGGAAAUACACUUUGGUGUGCAACAAGUUAUCGUCGAAUUACGAACCAUAUUGCAGCAGCAGCAGCGCAGCAGCAGCAGCCUCUUUGUCAAUAUGUAUAUGUAUGUCAACGAAAAACGCAGUCUUAUAGAAGCCGGAUCUGCGUGCGUUCAUGAAAACAAGACCACUAUCCAUCCAUAAGAAAAACGAAAUAAAGAGAACCACUAUCGAGACAAUGAUCUCUCUGGA